AUGGCCACAGAAGAACCAAUUGUCGCGGUGGAAUCAGUUCCCGAACCAAUUGUCACCGAACCGACCGUCACCGAGCCUGAGGUCCCGGAGAAGGAUGAACCAACUGGUGAAGUAGAGAAGACCAAGAAAACGAAGGAGUCCAAGCCUAAGAAAGCUUCCAAACCACGAAACCCUGCUUCCCAUCCUUCUUACGAAGAGAUGAUUAAGGACGCGAUAGUCUCGCUGAAGGAGAAGAGUGGCUCUAGCCAAUACGCGAUUGCGAAAUUCAUUGAAGAGAAACACAAGCAGCUUCCUGCCAACUUCAAGAAGCUAUUGCUUCAAAAUUUGAAGAAAAAAGUUGCAUCUGGAAAGCUUGUUAAGGUGAAAGGUUCGUUCAAGCUUUCUUCAGCGGCUAAGAAGCCUGCCGUCGCCAAGCCGAAGACAAAGCCAGCUGCAAAGGCAAAGUCUGUGAAGGCUAAGGCAGCCGCUAAGCCAAAAGCUAAAGCUGCUGCCAAGCCAAAGGUUGCUUCAAAGGCCAAAGCUGUAGCAGCCAAGCCUAAAGCCGCUGUUAAGCCCAAAGCUGCUGCCAAGCCUAAAACUGUUGCAAAGUCCAAAGCAGCUGUGAAACCAAAGCCCAAGGCUAAACCUGCAAAAGUUGCAAAAACAUCGACGAAGACGGCACCAGGAAAGAAAGUUGCUGUUGCGAAGGCUGCACCUAAGAAAGCAGCUGCCGCAAAGAAAGUUCCCGUGAAGGGUGUGAAGGCUAAAACCGUAAAAGCACCAGCAAAGAAGGCUACCGUUGUGAAGAGAGGGGGAAGGAAGUGA